UAGCGCCUCCCUAUGCGAGCAUUGGUUCGGGCUCUGACUGAGCAUGUGUAUGUGCCGCUUAGCCGUUAGCAUAUAGAGAUGGCCUUAGAGAAGCAGAACGAAGCUAAAGUUUCCCCCAUGGACGAAAAUAAGGAAAAUCAACCGGAUGGAGGAAUUGGCCUGGAAAUCUUGCAAGUCAUUAAGGAGUCUCAGCAGCAACAUGGCCUCAGGCACGGAGACUACCAGAGAUACAGGGGCUACUGCUCUCGUAGGCUGCGUCGUCUGCGCAAGACUCUUGGCUUUAGGAUGGGAAACCGACACAAGUUCAUUGGGAAGAAAGUGACUGUUGAAAUGGUUUCUGACAGCAGGUAUCUAUUGGUGGUGCUGAUGGAAGCGGAGCGUGCAUGGAGCUACGCCAUGCAGCUGAAGCAGGAGGCCAAUACAGAGCCACGUAAGCGCUUCCACCUGCUGGCAAGGUUACGCAAGGCUGCCAAGCACAGUGAGAAGCUGGAGAAGCUGUGUGAGAGCCCCCGUGUUGAUGCCAAGACCAAACUUGAGGCACAGGCAUACACUGCAUACCUGACUGGCAUGGUGGAGUUUGAGCUGCAGGAGUGGAAGCGUGCUAUGGAAGCAUUCAACAAGUGCAAAACCAUCUACGAAAAACUAGCCAGUGCGUUUACAGAGGAUCUGGCAGUUCUGUACCGCCAACGCGUGGAUGAGAUAUCACCCAACAUCCGUUACUGUGCUUACAAUAUUGAUGACCCGAAUGCUAUUAAGGACUUGAUGCAGAUGAGACUGACUGGUGGAGGAGGCGGCAUGAUGGCUGAAAAACUUGAGUCCUUGAUCACUCAGGCAAGAACUAAGCAGGCAGCCACCAUGAGUGAAGUGGAGUGGCGAGGACGAACCGUGCCUGUCAAGAUAGACAAGGCCCGCAUCUUCCUGCUGGGCCUGGCAGACAAUGAGGCUGCCAUUGCUCAGGCAACUAACGAGGACACCAAAGAGCAUCUGUAUGAGACCCUGCUGGCCGAGUGCAGAGACACUAUCCAGGCUGUGAGAGAGGAAAUCAAAACCGAGGCGAAGCAGCGGGAGAGGAGCUCUGACGCUGACAGCGGGAAGGUGUCUAACCUGCAGUUUCUGCACAGUUACCUGACCUACAUCAAACUAUGUACACUAGUGAAGAGGAAUGAGAGCAUGGCCCGUACCCUGCAGGCAAAGCUCAAGGAACCAGAAUCUGACGAGAAGAGGGGACCCCGUCCACAAGACCUCAUCCGCCUUUACGACAUCAUUCUGCAGAGUCUGGCUGAGCUGUCCACCCUCCAGGGCCUGGAGGACGACCACACCUUCCAGAAAGAGGUUUCCCUCAAGACACUGGUUUACAAGGCCUACAGAUGCUUCUUCAUAGCUCAGUCCUAUGUGUUGGUGAAGAAGUGGAGUGAGGCACUGGUGCUACAUGAGAGGGUGUUGAAAUAUGCCAAGGAGGCCCAGUCUAAGGCCAAGAGCCUCAACAACAGCCUUAAGGACCUCCCUGACAUUCAGGAACUUAUUGCUGAGGUCAAUACUGAAAAAUAUUCCCUUCAAGCUUCUGCCAUUUUAGAUACUGAUGAGACCACUGAGGUUCCUGUUCAGCAGCAGGUCAAGGACAACUCUCCACUCUGCGACCACCUGGAGACUUUCUACCUUGACCAAUCCCUCGUUGGAAAGCAGGCUAAUCUGGUCCAGUUCCCCCCUGAUUUCAAGCCAAUUCCCUGCAAGCCUCUGUUUUUCGACCUUGCCCUAAACCACGUGGCCUUCCCCCCGCUGGAUGAGAAGGUGGAGCAGAAGGGCAAGGGUGGUCUGACUGGCUACAUCAAGGGCAUCUUUGGCUUUGGCAGCUAAAUCAGCCUGGGGCCACAGGUUCACCACAGACCUGGGUUAGUUGUGAAGUAGAAUAUUUUUUACUUACUUUACAUAAACAUUGAUUUGGUUGAUUGAUGAGUUGCAUCUGAGGAAGGCAAAAUGGGGAUAAUCCUCCAAGAAUAUAGAAAAGUAAAUGAAAGAAUUUUAAGCAGUAACAAGCUACCACCUUUGGUGGAAACACCAGUCUGUGUGGGCUCCUACCAUACAGGCUUCAUACGAAGUGUCUGUGAUUUCCAAGUCUAACAAGUUAUUGUGGCUUUGACACUUGAAGCCAAGAUUUAAAUCUUAUGAACCUGUCACAGAAAACAAAGCAUCUUUUGGUGUAAUUGGUAUCUGAGAGUCUGAUAGCAACAAGCAUCUUGUUUUUCCUUUUCAUGUACAAUAAAACAUCAACUGAUGUGUGAUUAAAAUACUGAAGCUGAAAAAUCAUCCAACUACUCUUUGUACUAUCUUGCAGACAGGUCACAUCACAGUAAGAGGUAAAUGUUGUUGUUGUUGUUUUACUAUAUGAUACAUAACUACCAAUAUGUCAGACAAGGGUCCAAUUGUUCAACUCAUCUUGAUGGAUUGCAAGGGCAGCUCAUCAGACGAAUAAUGUCUGUUAUGACCUUUUUAUUUGCCUUUGUGUCUCUAGAAGACCUUCAGGACCUGAUAGUGUUUAAGUGCUAUAUCAUGCAUCACACAACUGCUCCUGUUUGUCCAUCACCAGUAGGACUAAAUACUUUGAAGAUAAACUAGAGAAGAACAUGUCUUGUUUCUAUUCUUGUCUUUGUUCUCAACCAAAGUCGCUUAGAGCCUGGUUUGUGUGAUAAAACACAAACAAACACAAGCUGGAGGUUAGUUUCCAUGUAGUUCACCCACUUACACAAUGUUUUCUGUUUAGCUUACUGGUUUUUAUUCAUGUCUUUUAUUUUUAAAAAAGAAUUGUGCUGGAAUAGUUUGAGAAUUAAGUUACCUUGCGCAGCCUGGAAAACAGUUGUGGACAAAAAGCUUGGAAACCAAGAGAAAUAAAAUUAUGAAUGAAUGGUUUCAUUUGGUAUCCAGAACUAUGAUUAAAAUAUAUUUGCACCAAA